AUGCAAAGGUUCGCGCUUAUAUCUAAAUCAUUUGAUUAUUCAAUUUUCAUUGCCUCUCUUUAUUGGGAGGAUUAUGUUCCAGAAAACCUCUAUAGUGUAGCUGAGUUCAAGGCCCCCCAAUCACCAGAGUCGAGCUAUAGUCAAACUUUCCCAGGAGACGAAGAUUUUGCAAAGGAUCCCGUGGCAGCUCCACCUCAACUCCAUUUAUCCGUUCUCGACUCUGAAAACUCAAAUGAAACUGCUUCUUCUUCAACACCUAAUCACGUGGUGCUCAACCACCUCUUUAUAGAGAAAGGAUGGUCGUCUUAG